AUGUGCUCAUUCCUUGCCAGCUGUGGACUGAAGUCGGAGUCUUGUGACAGUCUAAAGCAAGCUCUGCAAACAGAGAAGUCAAGUGUUCGAGAACUGGACCUCAGCAACAAUGAACUUGGUGACCAAGGAUUGAGCUCCCUCUCCUCGGCCCUGGCUGACUCGAACUGCAAGCUACAGACACUGAGUCUUGCCUGCUGUCAGCUCACAGCAGAAGCCUGUGAGGCCCUCGGCUCAAGGCUGAAGUUAGCUGAUUCAAGUCUGAAACAUCUGGACUUGAGUUUCAAUGAUCUUCAGGACUCAGGUGUUCAACAACUUUUUGCUGGUGUAAAAAAACUUGAGACCCUGAGACUGGCCUCCUGCAACCUUACAGAGGUGAGUGGCCAGUAUAUUGGUGAGCUGCUGCAGUCUCAAACCCUGAAAGAGCUGGAUUUGACCAACAACAACCUGAUGGACUCAGGGCUGGAGCAACUCCUCUCCAAAGGCUUGGCCAGUGCAGACUGCACUCUGGAGAAGUUAAUACUGAAAAAAUGUGGGAUCACGCUGAAAGAUGAGAGCUGCUGUAAAGUUGUGUCCAUGGCCAUUAAGUCUGAGAAGUGUCACCUGAGAGAGCUGGACCUGAGUUACAAUAAUCUGCUGGACUCUGGAGCCAAGGCUGUCAUUGUGGCGGUAGUGGAUGCAUCCAGCAAGAUUGAGAGACUGAGUCUUGCAUGCUGCGCACUGAAGGAGAAGACAUGUGAGCUCAUCUCUACUGAGCUGAAGACAGAAAACCUGGCGACCUCCUGCUUGCGAGAUAUCGACCUGAGUGACAACGACCUAAGGUCCGCUGGAGCAACUGCACUCAGCAGUGUGUUACAGAGCCCCAACUGCCAGUGGAAUAAACUCUGGAUUGAAGGUGGUGGAGAGUUUCGUUUGAGAACAGGAGAAGACAGAUAUGAGUGCACACUUACCCCGGACGAAGACACCGCCCACCAGCGGCUCUUCCUGAAAGGGAACAAGAUCAGGUGGGGGGAGUGGGAGAUCCCAGCCACUCAGCUCCCCGACAGGUUCGACUGCCGGACGCAGGUGCUGUGCAAAGAGUCGCUGACCGGCCGCUGCUACUGGGAGGUCAAGUGGAGCGGCCUGGUCUCCAUUGGUGUGGCCUACGUUGGGAUGGCCAGGAAGGGUGAGGGCCCCGACAGCACCCUUGGCCGCAACAACCGCUCCUGGAGUCUGGACUGCAGCGAUUACAAGUACUCCAUUUGGCACGAUAAGAAAGAGAUUCGCGUGAAACAGACGCCUUCUGGGUGUCACCGUGUCGGGGUGUAUCUGGACUGGCUGGACGGCACACUGGCCUUCUUCAAAAUCAAGAAGGUCGCCAACCAGCGCAAGUUCUCUCUCCUCCACAUCUUCAAGCACAACUUCUCAAAGCCUCUCUAUGCUGGCUUCAGAAUCUGGUGUGACUCGUCUGUGUUCAUCUGCCCACAGACAUCACAGAAAAAGGCUGCAUAA